GGCGGGGCGGGACGCGGAAGUGGCGGCGGAGAGCGGUGGGCCAGGAUUCGUUCCCAUGUCAGCAGAGAGCUCGACCGUCACGGUUCGCCUGGUGCGCUCCUUCGAGCACCGCAAUUUCCGGCCCGUGGUGUACCACGGCGUGCCCCUGGAGCAGACCGUGCGCGACUUCAUGGCCUUCGUGCGCCGGGAUGUUUCUUCAAGAUCAGGACUUCCUCCUCCUUUUAAAAAUUACAAGUAUGAUACAAUGAAGAUUAUUCACCAAGCACACAAAUCUAAGACUGGUGAGCUUGUAGUGAGUUUGGAAGAUGAUGACAAACUGAUUUUGAAGGAAGACAGCACGCUGAAAGCAGCUGGAGUAGCAAAUGAGACGGAAUUAGCAUUCUUCUGUGAGGAAGAUUACAGAAACUACAGAGCUAAUCCUGUUUCGGCCUGGUGAAGAUCCCAAGAGAUUGUUUUGUUUUCCCAUACCUGUUGUAAAUUUUCCUUAUUCUGCUUAAUGAGAUUUUUCUUAAAGAUCAAUAAAUCCUAGAGGAUUUCUUUGCAAACAGUGCAAUUCCCUUCCUAUAGAAAUUAAUUUCUGUCAGUAUGCUAAGGCUGAGAGAAGAAAAACUGGGGGACAUAAAUGACUUUUUUCUUCCUCCCUUCUCUUUUUGCUGUGCUUGGCUCUUGAGCCCCAGGCAGUGCCAUCCCUGACCCGUGACACACGUUCUUGGUGUUAUCCCACAGCAGACAGGAACUGCAUAUGGAAAUUAUAGAAUGCACAGGAUGAUCCCAUCACAGUACUAACUUCUAAUGAAAAUGAAGUGAAACCUCCUUCAAAUGAAAUGAAAUAUUUCAUGACCGAAUCACUGGGUAUUUUAAAGAACUUGAGAAGAUAAUCUCUCUGUUUCAAGUCACAACUUCACUCCUCUCAUUUUAUGUUUGGUCUCUUUUGUUUAAAUAGUGCAGACUGGCCAGUGUUUCAUGCUUUUCAGUGGUGAAUGCUUUCCAUUUUCCUCUCUUCCAGCCCUCUUUAGCAUGCUGAAAGGGACAAAUGUCUGUUGGGAGCCUUUUGUGUCCACAGACCAGCUCGCCUGUUUCCAGCUUCACUUCAUGGAGACACCUUCACACAGGGGUGGCAGCUCAAGUUCUGCCAGGACAUCAGUGUGCCUGAGUGGGAACUGGGCAUUUUUCCAAGUGGAGUGAAAGCUCAUGGUUUCAGCUUUAAGAAUAAAACCUGAAUGAUUGCAUUUUUUGUGAGGAGAGGCCCAGCCUGUCAGCCACAUGUCUUCAAGACUGGAAUUGAUUCCUUUAUGCUUUCCAUGAGCCAAAUACUCUGGGCUAUGUGUUUGUUCUUGGUAAUGCUGGGCUCUCCUACUACAUGGACCAAAUUAAGAAUAAUAGAAAAUUAUCAUGCAUCCAAUAAAGUACUUUUAGGUAGCCAUCACUUAUGAAAUGCUUUUUAGGGGGUACCAACAUGGGACACUGUGCCUUUAAGCCUCCCCUCUCUGAAAUAAGAGUGAUGCUGGCUCUCUGCCUUAGCAGGCUUUUUGGGCACAGGCUCUGCUGAAUUGAAUGAGACCUCAUGUGCAAUUGCUUUAGACCUACACACUGUGCUAGCUCUGGGUGAGGGCUGACAAUGCUACAUCCAUGAGACUUCCUGGAGGAGUAACCCUGCCAUUUCCUAGAGCUUUGAUUAUUGUUUUUAUUGACAUGUGUGCUUUCCAAAGUAUCUGAGUUAAAUUUCCCUUUGUUUUAGAUGUGGGGCCAAAGAAUGCUCUGUGUAUUGUUCCCACCUCAUUUUCUUCAUCCUUCCUGACAACUCUCUGGUUUAGGCUGUUUUACUCAGCAACAGCUUUGCUUCAGAGUUUUAUUCUGUAGUGAAAGACCUCUCUACCAUUUUCUCAACUGUAAUUAAAUUAUUGUAUCUUUAUCUUGUAAGGAGAAGUCCUGUGUCACUGAAGUCACCUAUGUUCUCUUAGGAUGUAGAUGCCAUUAUGCAUGCCCUGAUGAAUUUAUGAGGAGAAUUUAGUUCUUGCCUUCUCUUCCUGUCCAGGCAGCCUCUCUGUUGCUGGUACCUGCUCCCCAAACAUGGGCCCUUCUAACAGUCUGUCAUAUUUGCAGAUUUAUGUGCUUAAUACAAGUUUGUGCUCAUCUUCUCAGACAGUUCAGGCUGAUGCGUUGUGCUCCAGACUAUCUCAUCUCUAUUCAGCCAAAUUUACAAUAAGGAAGGUAACUUUGUAAGAACAGAUAUUUUACCAGAAACAUCAGUGUCUCAGGCUGGCCUGCCAAGGUAUCUAAAUGGUGUCUGUCAGCACAUGCAGGCUCUCAGACUGAGCAUGACCGAAUUUGGUCUCCAGCCCUUCCAGACAGAUUUGGAUUAGUUUUGUGAUCCCUUUUCUCUAAAGCAUUUGUGUUUGAAAGAGUCACCACAUUUUAACAAUUGUCCUUUCUGGGCUUGUACAGUUUCAAACUUGCAGUGUCACAUCAAGUGUGGUACAGUGGAAGAGCAAUUCUACAGCAUCAGGGAGAAAAACUGGAAGUGUUCUACUGCAGAUAUUCAAGAAUGAUGUGACUGGCACUCCAGAUUAACUUGUCUUUCCAAGGGAAGAGUUAAACUACUGCUUUGUGAGCUCAGUUCACUCUGGCAAUGGCACUUCAUUGGCUUCUUUCUCCAGCAGCACAGUGGAGCCUUUUGUAAUGCUCUCAAUGGCCAUACUUGUAAACUGGUUUCUUCCUGAAGUUUUUCUCUGCUGUGUUUUUUUUUUAAUUGAUUUUAUUUUUCAUUUUUUUUGGUGACUUUCAGUAAUGCUUCUUUCAAGUAAACCCCACAAAACCACAGAUAAUAACUGAAAACUUGUUAGGAAAGAUACUGUUCCAACAUUUUUUUCGUGGGAUAUGGUACAGCCUUGUAUCAAAGUAUGUUUGGUUCCAGAAUUGUUGAGUACUAAAUGAAAUCUCUGAACACUGGCUGAUAAAUUAGUAAAGACUGAGAUUACUUUGCCCAUGUUGUUUUGAAAUCCUCUUUCUGUUGAAGGAAAUCACAGAGCUAGUACUGUGGUUUGUUAUCCUGGCAGAAAUCAUGAACUGCAUUGGUUUACAGCUGCUUCUAAUCAGAGGUGCAGUGGGGUAAGUCAUACUGCUUUGCCAGUGGUCUUAGGCAUUGUGGGGUUAAUUAGGAUUCGUGUUACGGUGGGAUGUUCUUGGAACCACUCACCAUUUUUUUGUUAAACAAAAGAGCAAUAUCCAGAGAGGACUCUGAAAUAAGAUAAAAUUUAUCCUGGGUUAUAAUACUGCAGCAGGGAAAGGCAGUCAAACUGGAACACUGGGGUGAUGUGUCAGGCUUGGCUGUUUCUUAGAGAAAAAAAUAACUUCAGAGAGGCUGGAGUUUUGAUUAGGAGGUGUGAAAGCUGAAGGAGAAGAAAUUUGGAAAGGAAUUAUUAUAGGAAGAAGAGGUAACAGUGUAACUAAAUAAACAGCAAAAUCUGCAUGUGCAACGCUCUUGGUGCAGAGAUACCAGAGCAGUGCUGCUUUCUGUAUAACUGAAGGUAUAAAAGUGAUGCUUUGUCAUAAUUUUGGAACUGAAUUAAUGAACUGUUCAAUAGGCAUCUUGUUUUUUUCUGG